UCCGGGUCCUCCCUCCUGCGCCUCACAUGAUCCUUGGCUGAAGCCGUGGCGCUUGCCGUACCGUGGCGCUUACCAGGAAUGUAACGCAGAACAAGACAUCAUUUACAACCAUGCAUACUUUAGCAGUGUUGUGCGUCUAUAUUGCCAUAGUCGGUCGUGUAAAUGGUCAGGAUGGUUUAAUUCCUUGGACUCAAGAGAAGCUGAGCCACAAGGCCACCACCCUGAGCGACGAGGAUGUGCGGAAGGUGCUGGUCCACACGGACCUGGCCCGCAUGUGGAAGACGGACCUCAAGCCCCUCCUGGUCACCCGCUACCCCGGCUCAGCUGGCAGCCUGGCCGUGCAGCAGCACAUCAAAUCCACCCUGAGCGGUCUGACAGCGGGCUGGGAUGUGAGCGAGGACUCCUUCAAAGCCCAGACGCCUUACGGCCAGAUGCCCUUCACCAACAUCAUGGCCACCCUCAACCCCUCCGCCAAGCGCCGCCUGGUGCUGGCGUGCCACUUUGACUCCAAGUACUACCCUCCGCAGUGGCACGGCAUGGAGUUCCAGGGUGCCACCGACUCAGCCGUGCCCUGUGCCAUGAUGCUGGAGCUGGCCCGGGCCCUGGAUGAAGAGCUCAAGACACUGAAGGCCUCCAAUCCAGACCUGACCCUGCAGCUGCUCUUCUUUGACGGCGAGGAGGCCAUGUACCAGUGGAGCGACACAGACUCCCUCUACGGCUCUCGCCACCUGGCCCAGAAGAUGCAGGAAACCGCCCACCCCAACGCAGACUCCGAGUCCAACCAGCUACACGCCAUUGAUUUGUUUGUAUUGCUGGAUCUGAUUGGGGGCCCGUCUCCACGCUUUGGAAACCAGUUCCCUAACACUGCUAGAUGGCUCUCCAGGCUUCAGAACAUUGAGCGGCGUCUUCAAAAGCUGGGUGAGCUGGAGGAUCACCCAAAUGAAGUCCAAUAUUUCUGGCCCGGACUGCCUGUGGGACCUAUUCAGGACGACCACAUCCCGUUUUUGCAGAGGGGUGUGCGGAUCCUUCAUCUCAUUCCCUCCCCCUUCCCAUCGGUCUGGCACACGUUCGACGACAACGAGCAGAACCUGGACCGCAACACAAUCCAGAACCUGAACAAGAUACUGCAGAUCUUUGUUCUGGAGUACCUCAAUAUGUGAAGCACAACGCCUACCUACAGUAUAUCCUGAGGUUCCCCGGCCUCCCAGAUGUGUCAAUCCCGAUUUCGGAAAGUUAAAAAAAAACCUUGAUCCAAGAGGUGAAGAAGACCACACAGUCUUGACGCUGAUGCCAGAUUAUUUAAUGAAACGACCUGUCAGUCCAGAGCCUUUUUCAAAUUUUGACAUAUCAUAAUAGCACCUUAAACCAUGGCUUCUUCAAUUUGAUCCAAUAAUGUUUUUACCUGCUGAUUAACCAGCUAAGUAAAUAGGUGAUCAGACUGGUUUUUAAGCGUAUUAGUAAAAUGGCAUGUUAUACACAUGCAGAAGGUCCACAGCCAUUUCAACCUCCUGAAAUCGACAUUGACACCUCUGCGUUUGCGCCUUUUGUAUUCCAGACUCGUUGUAUAGUCCUCUAGAAAUGCUCCAUCCUGGCUUUUGGUGUCUUGGGUCUGUGUACAGAAUAAGAAAUCUGGGCCUCACAGCUCUAAGCUCCCACCCUCUCUCCGUCCACCCAUCCAUCCCUCCAUCCAUCCCUCCCAGGAGCCAAAUCCAAAUACAGGGUGCCUGCCUAUGGUACACAGGGUCCUCUCUGUUGCUUACUUGCUUUCUCCAACAGUGCUGUCUUUAUAGCCUUCUCAUCUCAUCUCGACUCUCGGGGGCCGCCCGCCACAGAGCCACCUUUGUGCUUAUGCUAACCCGCAUCCCCCCCGGGAGUCAGCAGGGGCACCGUGAAGUGAAGUGAAGUGAAGACCUGAGACGUUUUAGAGCAGCUUGUUGUCCAUGUCAUGAGAAAAGUCUUGUGUUUUAUUAUGGUACUUGGACUUGACUGUGAGGCCAGCUAUAGCACUGUACGUUACUGUAAAAAUCACGAUGAGGAAGAGAAUGAUGAUUAUUGGUUAUUGAUUGAUUAUGGAAAAUAGAAUAUGAAUGUGUAGUUGUCGGUUAGGCCUACCCACUGAAAGUGUUUAUGUAUGUUCACCUGCGAUAACCUUGCUACUUCAACAUAAACUUUACUUUAUAGGCUAUAAUGUUUUAUGACUAUAGCAGCAGCUCAUGACACUCUUAGCUGAGUCGGUGGAAAACUGAACUUGAACGUAAACUUGUCAUGCAUGGAGAUACCGUAUAGGCCUAUAGGCUACCUGGUGUCAAAUCUAUAGGCGAAUGUUCAGAGGCUAAAAGUAGCCAAAGGUAGUGUGAGGAAUGGAUUUACCUUUGUUAACAUUUGCCAUAUUGUAUUUUUCUAGUAAUGUGAUACAUGUACACAUUGUGUUUGCUAGUACUUAGCGAUCACACACCUGUUUAUGCUCACUUGACUGUGUAGCCAUUGAAAACAUGUAUAUUCAGGAAGUAUAUAUUUUUAUCAACCCUUCCUGUGCGGGGACCACAAAUGGCAUUCCACAUUUACGUCAUUUUCUUCCAAAUAUGUACUGUACAUUAGCCAAAAUAAAUAACUCAGAGACUGAUAAAA